UUUGAGAAAGAACAACCAAAGGAAGCUGAUAGGAAGAGGAGGAAUGCUGAUGAUGAUCAAGUCAAAGGGGCUAAGGAUAAGGAUAAGUGUAAAAUUUCUACACACGUCCCUACUCGCACCGCUGCUGGUAUUGAUAUUGUUGAUCUUCGUACUCCAACUCCUCCUCCUCCUCCUCCUCCUGUUGUUGAAGCAGUUGAGAAUGUAUAUAGCAGAAAGUCUUGGAGAGUUGAUUCUUCUGCUAAAAAGAAAAACAUUGCUGAUUUCGAUGCCCCUUCAUUCCAACUAUUAACUCCUAGUCCUGUUGUUGAGGAUCUUCCAUACAGUGAAGAGAGUGGUGAGGGUGUUGGAAGUUCAAUUCCAAUCAUCACUCCAGUAAAUGUAAAAUAUCCUCGAUGUGAUGGCUCUUAUUCUGAUCAAUCAUCAUACAAAUCCUACAAACCUCAGAAACAAUCAAAGUCAGAAAUCCCUGCAACACCUGAAUUAUUGAAGGGGUGGGACUAUGACCCUUCUUCAGAGAAAGUUGGGAAAGUUGUGAGAGUUAAGGAACCAGGUGAUGAUUAUGACGAUGAAGGUUUGGAGGACCUGAUUGAUAGGAUUGCUGAUCAUGGAGUUGAAUCAUCAUCUGACAAGGCUAAAAAAGAAGAGGAUGAUAAUGAAGCUGGUGUUGUUUCAUCUUCUACGCCUGGUUUGCAUGCUGUUCCUGUCAACAACCAUGGCAUAAUAUUAUGUCGAAGUUUGCAGCAUUAUAAUAGAUAUUUGAGUGAUCUGUCUCCUGACCAGAGGUUGCUGGUUGAUUAUCUAUUUUACAAUGAGUAUGAAGAUGUUGCAUAUAUGUCAUUGGAUACAGAUUCUGAGGAAGUGAAGAUGAAAAAUGACAUUAUGCAAAGUGAACUUACAAGUGAUCUCAUUGUGGAUUUUGAUAAUCCUCAUAGCAACUAUGCGGUUCAGCUGUACAAAUUCGACUUAAUUAGCAUGCCUCGUCAAGGUUGGCUGACAAGUGGAGUUAUUGACGGAUGCGCUUUCAUGUUCAAUAGGCAAGAAGAGGAAUCACCUUCUGCAACAAGGAGAUUUUGGUUUAAUAUUAUGCCUUUUAACUAUAUCAAUUGGUUGUGUGCUGAGAAGGUAAAAAAGGUUCAGUUUGAGAGUGAGAUUGCUGAAAAUGAGAUUAUUUUGAAGAACCUGGAGGGCACUAGGCAGUAUGAUCAGAAGUUUAAGGAAUGGGAAGAAAACAAGAAAAAGCUUAUUACAAAAGAUGAUGAUUUAUUCUACAAGAAAUGUAAGGAAGCUAUUUCUUCAUGGGUGAAAUCAUUUCCACGCAAUGAUAUUCGAGAAGCUGAACUGAUUUUUGUUCCUGUUCACAAGGAUGAUCAUUAUACUGUCUUGGUGCUGAACAAGAAAGCAAAAAGGAUUGAAAAUAUUGACAAUCGUACAGACAUGAAGGACAUUGAUAGAUAUAAGCAUGAGGAAUUUAACGGUCUUACAUACUUUUGUCGUGCUUUUGAUUCUUUUAUGCAAGAGACUAUGAGGUGUCGUGAUUUUGAUCGUCUCCACCAUUGGCAAACAUCAACUCUUUACUUCCCUUGGAGAAGCAAGGACAACAAUUUUGAUUGUGGUGUCUAUGCAAUCAAAACCAUGGAGCUGUAUGACGGUCAUAAUACUAACCAUGCUGCACUUGUUGACCUGAAAAGGGCAGCCACCAAAAACCUUGAGCGGUGUAGGCUUGCUCUUCGUCUUGUGGACCAUCCUUUAAACAAACUGAGAGAGAAAGUGAAGCAUGACUGUUAUGUUUGGUCUGCAAAGAAACCUGAACUGAUGGCAAGACAGAAGAUAAGGAAGGAUAAAGAGGCUGUCCUAGAUAAAUUAGCAUUUAAUCGAUCAAAGAAGACGAAUAGAAAAGAAGCACACAUUUUACGGCGAAGGAGGGAUCAUGAGGCGAAAGUAGAAGAUGUGUUGAAUAAUAAUUUUGGAGACAAAGUGAAAAUAGAGCAACUGUUGAAAUUUCAUUAUUCUUAGGUGCCAAACUUUUUUUUAUUAUUAUUAUAAUGUACAGUAGAAAUAGAAACCAUUGAAUUUUGCAAUGUACAGUACAAAUAGCACAGAACUCAUUUUACA